AUGUCUAAAAACUCGCCUGUAAUAAGUCACCCGCAUGAAGAACUUAUGAACCUGGAAGAUGCAUCUGACCUAAGUGUAUCUGAAUCCAAAACUCCAAAACCUGAAGUGGAAAAUAAUCUCGAAAGCUUCGCUAAAAAUCUAGAUUUUGUAGGCCCUGACUUCAUUUGGCUAACUAAAAUGACUGAAAAUGAUCACCUUGAAAUUUUUGAAUUCAUUGUUGAUCCUGAAUGGGAAGAUGUUGCAACAGAGAUUACAACAAAUGCUCUUGCAUAUCAUCGUCUAGUCAAAUCUGGAGCUUUUGAAGAUAAGCCGAAAGGAUCGUAUGUGUUAAUCGUUUAUGGAGAAGUAUUAAAAUAUUACGAAAAAGAUGUAUCAUCAGAAGAUUACGAACAGCUUGAGAAAAAAUAUCCAGGGAAGUACUUCGCACCCAUCACUAGAAAGACUUUUUUAUUGCGCAGAUUCUCUGCCAUUGCCUCUGCAACGAGAAAUGAGUGGUAG